CAGCAAUUAAAAAACUGGAAAGAACGCUAUCAAGAAUUAGCCCCCUUUGAAAAGGACGAAAUCAUUCGUGUUGGAGGACGACUGAAGCACUCGCCUUUAUCGUACGACGAAACCCAUCCUAUGCUCCUACCAGCAGACCACGUCGUGUCGAAAUUAGUUGCCAAAGAUUCCCACAACCGAGUAUUCCACGCGGGUCGUGAACGUACCCUGUGCGAGACACGACGGAAAUUCUGGAUUGUCCGUGGCAGAAACCUGGUAAAAAAGAUUGUUAAAGAUUGCGUCACUUGUCGUAAAUUAAGGCAGUAUCCUUACACCACACUCAUGGCUGACUUACCCCCAGAAAGGCUAAAGUUGUUUUCUCCACCCUUCUCAGUCACUGGCGUGGAUCUAUUUGGCCCAUUCUAUCUCAAGUACGGUAGAAAUAAGAAAAUCAAGGCUUGGGGAGCAGUUUUCACCUGCACGACGGUUCGUGCCAUACACCUAGAAAUUGUCCAAGAUCUUUCCACUGACGCUUUUCUCCACGCCCUGCGACGUUUUGCAGCCCACCACGGGUGGCCCGCCACCGUUAUCUCGGACAAUGGGACAUCAUUUGUUGGAGCUGAGAAAGAGCUACGUGAGCUUUUCAAAGAAGGAAGACGACAAAUGGAAGAUUUUUCUGUGAGCCAUAAGUUCAAAUGGCUAUUCAACACUCCUCUGAGUCCUCAUCAGGGAGGAGUUUUCGAAAGCAUGGUCAAACAGACAAAGUCCGCUUUGAAAGUGAUAGUUGGUCAGCAGACAUUGUCUUGGAACGAGAUGUCGACGGUUUUUGCAGAAGUACAGUGCCUCGUCAACAGCCGCCCUCUCGGAUACCCCUCAGACGACGCCAACGACCUUCAGCCCUUGACACCCAACCACUUCAUCCUUGGUCGAGCGACCGUUGAUAUUCCACAAGGCCCAUUUACGGAAGUGAAGAACAACCGUAAAAGGUUUGAGUACACCCAGUCAUUGGUGCAGCAAUUUUGGACCCGGUUCCAGAGAGAAUACCUUCAAACGCUGAUGCGACGAACGAAGUGGAAACGGAAAGAGCGACAGUUCAAAUGCGGCGAUAUCGUUUUGGUAGUGGAUGACAACCUCGCCAGGGGAAAAUGGAACCUAGCCCGAGUAAUCGAAGUCUUUCCUGGCAAGGACGGUGUGAUACGAAACGUGAAGUUGAAGACAAAGAACGGAGAGUACAAACGAUCGGUACAGAAAUGCUGUCCAAUCUUAGAAGAAGAGUCCUGAUCGUGGCCCGGAGGGUUGUUUCGGACAGCCCACCUUCGGACAAAACUUUACAUAUUAUUAAUUAUAUUUGUUACGUCAUAUUUAAUUUAUCUUGAUUAUACUUUGAUUCAACUUGAUUUGCUUGCAAUAGGAUAUGCGUUGAUUUGUAAUUUGAUUCGGGACAGUUAUAUAUAUUAGGAUAAGAACAAAGAGAUUUGAGUUUGAUAUUGAGCAUAUAGCUUGUGUAUGAAAUGAAAUGAAGUGCUGUUUCAAGCCGUAGAGACCCACUCUUCAGAAUAUAUAAAUAAAUAUUACGAAAAUCUCUACGGUGUUGAGCGUGGUUUUGCCCAUUGGAAACA